CUUGUUCAGUCUGUCUGCGCAACAAGUCGGAUCUAUACGUGCCCACCAAAAGGAUAUACAACCACACCCAACUAGAAGGACCUACUAGCCCAGCUGACAUCCUGGUUGUCCCGCAAAACGCACGGCACAUUCGAAAAGGAUACGCGAUCAGUGAACCCAAGUGAAUAAGGUGCCGUCCAAAAACGAUACGAUCCGAAUUAGUGGCAUACGAAAUAUCCUUGUAUAUUUGGGCCCUCAUACAGACUGAGCCAGAACAAAGAAAAAACGCCGAAAUGCCGAGCAGGAAGAAAGCCCAGGGGGAAUCGGCCGCUGGUGAGGAUGCGGACAUUGUGAUCUCGGGACUUUCCGGGAAGCUGCCGGAGAGCAGCAACAUCGAGGAGUUCAAGUACAACCUGCUCAACGGCAUCGACAUGGUCACAGAUGAGCCGCGCCGUUGGGAGGCAGGCAUCUAUGGACUCCCCGAGCGUAUGGCCAAAAUGAAGGACUCCGAUCUGGAGAAGUUCGACGACAAGUUCUUUAGCGUCCACCAGAAGCAGGCGGAGCUGAUGGACCCCUGCAUGCGGAUGCUGCUGGAGCUGACCCACGAGGCGAUCAUCGAUGCGGGCAUCAAUCCCGUACAGCUGCGCGGCAGUCGGACGGGCGUCUACAUAGGCCUGUCCUUUGUGGAGACGGAGCACGAGAUCCCCAACAUGGAGCCGAGCAGUAUCAACGGCUACUGCCUGACGGGCUGUGCGCGUGCCAUGUUCGCCAAUCGCAUCUCCUACACGUUCGACUUCAAGGGGCCCAGCUUUAUCGUGGACACCGCAUGCUCCAGCUCGCUGGUGGCCCUUAACCACGCCUUCGCGGACAUGCGGGCGGGUCGCUGUGAUUACGCCCUGGUUGCGGGCGUGAAUCUCAUCCUAAAGCCCAUCUUUGCCCUCCAGUUCCUCAGGCUGGGCAUCGUGAGCCACGACGGCUCCUGCAAGACCUUCGAUGCGGCGGCCAACGGCUAUGCCCGGGCGGACACCUGCGCCGUUGUGCUGCUCCAGAGGCGUAAGGAGGCCAAGCGGGUGUACGCCAGCAUCCUAAAUGUUCGGACCAAUACGGACGGAUUCAAGGAGCAGGGCGUAACCUUCCCAGACGGCCGCAUGCAGCAGGCCCUGCUGGAGGAGACCUACAGCGAGAUCGGCCUCAAUCCGGACGAGGUGGUCUACGUGGAGGCACACGGCAGCGGCACACCGGUGGGCGAUGACCAGGAAGCCAACAUGCUGAGCAACUUCUUCUGUCGCCCCUCGCGAUCCACUCCGCUGCUUAUUGGCUCAGUGAAGUCGAACAUGGGUCACGCGGAGCCAGCCUCGGGAGUGAGUGCCCUGGCCAAGAUGAUCAUCGCCAUGGAGGAGGGCAUUAUUCCGAAGAAUCUGCACUAUCGCACGCCCAAUCCUUCGGUUCCGGCUCUGGUCGAGGGUAAGCUUAAGGUGGUGGAUCGCAAUCUUCCCUGGCAGGGUGGCAUUGUGGGUCUGAACUCCUUCGGCUUUGGAGGAGCCAAUGCCCAUGUGGUACUAAAGUCGCACACUAAAGCCAAAGAGCCUAAGGCAUGCCCGAAGGCUGGGGAGGCCGAACAGUCCCUGAGUCUAGUUACCUGUUCUGGCCGCACGGAGGAUGCAGUGAAUCAGUUGCUGAAAGUUGCCACCGAGCAGAGGCACGAUCAGGAGCUGCUGACCCUCAUCAAUGACAUCCACUCACAUCCUAUUCCCCUGCAUCCGUUCAGGGGAUACGCUGUUCUCGGUACCAGCGGAUGCGUUAAGGAGGAGGUGCUGCCCUACGAGGAGGAGGAGCGACCCAUCUGGUUCGUCUACGCCGGCAUGGGCAGUCAAUGGGCCAGGAUGGCUAAGGAUCUCAUGCAGCUGGAGGUUUUCCGGAACUCCAUACAGCACUGCGCCGAGGUUCUGGCCCAGGUGGACUUUGAUCUUAUAGACGUGCUUACCCGUUCCACGGAGCGAACCUUUGACAAUAUGCUCUACUCCUUUGUCUCCGUGUCCGCCGUGCAGGUGGCGUUGACAGAUCUUCUCCGGGUGCUGGACAUACGACCAGAUGGAAUCAUUGGCCAUUCGGCUGGUGAGCUGGGGGCAGCCUACAUGGACGGAUGUCUAACGGCGGAGCAAACAGUUCUGGCCGCCUAUUGGCGCGGCAGGAGCGUCCUGGACACUCCGGACUUGCCGCGCGGAAAGAUGGCUGCUGUAGGUUUGAGCUGGGAGCAGAUCGGAUCACAGAUCCCAAAGGAUUGCUAUCCGGUGUGUCACAACAGUGAUGACAAUUGCACGGUCUCCGGGCCACCGUCAUCCAUGGACGCGAUGAUAGAGGACCUCACGGCAAAGGGAAUUUUCGUGAGAGAGGUUGGCUCUGGAGGCUAUGCUUUCCACAGUCCGUACAUUGAAGGAGCGGCUCCCAUGCUGCGUAGAAGUCUGGAGCGACUGAUCACGGAGCCCAAGAAGAAGAGUAUUCGAUGGCUUAGUACUAGUGUGAAAGAAGCGGAGUGGGACUCGGAGAAAAACCACCUGGCAUCGGCUGGCUACUUUAUAAACAACCUCAUAUCCCCCGUGCUCUUUCAUCAAGCUGUCAAGCGGAUUCCCCAAAACGCUCUCAUCGUGGAGAUCGCACCCCAUGGACUCUUCAGGGCGAUUCUCCGAUCCUUAAGUCCGCAGAUUAGCUAUGUGAGUCUGAUGCAGCGAGGUCAUGCCAAUAACUUUGAGUUCUUGCUGAGCCAGUUGGGCAGACUCUACGCUGCCGGAGGGCAGCCGCAGAUCCUGAAGAUCUCCCCUUCCAUCCCCUAUCCCGUUUCCCGUGGCACUCCCAUGCUGGGCUCCUUAGUGGGCUGGGAUCACACACAGAAGUGGAACUACCCCAAGUUCAAGGGCGGCAGACAGGCGGGACAGCUUAGUGUGGAGCUAGAUUUGGGCAAGGAGGAAAACGUCUAUCUAGCGGGGCACACGAUCGACGGCAGAGUCUUGUUCCCCGCAACCGGCUACAUGACCCUGGCCUGGAUGAGUCUGGCCCAACAGCAGGGAUUGGACUACUUGCGCACGCCCGUGCUAUUCGAGGAUGUGGUCUUCCAUCGGGCCACGAUCCUUAGCGUGGGCACUGUGGUAAAACUAACACUCAACUUCUUUCCGGGCAGCAGCUCCUUUGAAAUCUGUGAAGGCACAAGCCUGGUGACAUCGGGCAAGAUCCGUCUGGUGAGCAAUGUGCAGCAGGAGCAGCUUCAGCUGUCAUCUCUACCGGGAAUCGCCGGCUCCAACAAGCUGAGCACCAAGGACAUUUACAAGGAGCUAAGACUUAGGGGCUACGACUACACUGGUGUUUUCCAGGGCAUUUUGGAGUCGGAUAUUUCGGCGGUGACGGGUCAGCUGCAGUGGGCUGACAAUUGGAUCAGUUUUAUGGACACCAUGCUGCAGUUUCGCAUCCUGAGCAAUGAUAUCCGAGAACUGUACGUGCCCACGGGAAUAGAGAGGGCACUGAUAGAUCCUCUCAAGCACCUGGAGCUGGCAAAGAAGCACCAACAGAAGUUAACUGUCAACUGGCAUCGCAACAUUUCCGUAGUCAAGUGCGGUGGAGUGGAGAUACACAAGAUGAAGACCGCCCAGACCCAAAGGCGUUCUGGUGGCCAAUCUCCACCCAGCUUGGAGCGCUAUAGAUUCUGGCCUCAUUCCCAGCACUUGGGUCAGCGGGAGGAGCAGGAAAAGUCAAGGAGCACAGCUCUAGCGGUGGCCAUUCAAUUGAUCAUCGAGAACAGCGGUGGAGCUGUAAAGCUCAAGGGCGUGGAACUGGCUGGAUCCCGGUCCACUUUGGAUGCGCUGAGUGCCGUCCAGCUUCUCGAGCUGAUCGAAAGGGAACCGAUUCUGGUGGGCGACAUGGCGGUGGUUACCAGCUCCUCCAAUGAAUCCGAACUGGGUGAGCAGCUCAAGGAGCACGGUAUUCGGGUGAUAGUCAAGGAUAUCAAAGCUGGUGCGGUGGAGCAGCAAUGCCAUUUCGUGUACUCUGUGAAUAUGCUAGCCCAGAACUCUGUCAAGGAUCUGCAGCACUGCUUGGAUAGUCUGAAGUCCGAUUCGGGAUUCCUGCUCCUGGAGGAAGCAGCCAGCAGGUAUAACAUUAUAGGAAAGGAGAAGUUGAACAAACUUAAGCUGGUUUCAGUUUUGGAGCAGUUCUUCGGUACAGAUCGAGUGCUUGUCCUAGUCAGAAAACUAUCGAAGGUGCAAUCCAGCCAAGCCCUGACACUUCACCUCACCAAUAAACAGUUCAAGUGGGUCAACGAGCUAAAAAACUCUAUUGCAAAGGCCCAAGCUGAAGAGAAAAACCUCUACUUGGUGGCCCAGGGUGAACCCAAUUCAGGAGCUUUGGGCUUGAUGAACUGCCUGAAGAGGGAAGCUGGAGGGCAUUUCCUACGGCUAUACCUUAUUCUGGAUGAAGGUGUGCCCCAGUUCUCCCUGGACGAUCCCUUCUACGCCGCACAGUUGGCCAAGGAUCUGGUCGUCAAUGUCUACAGAAAUGGAAGCUGGGGUAGCUACCGUCACCUGAAGAUGGAAUCCCGGCCGCCCAUGCUGCCAGUGGAGCAGGCGUAUGUGAACACCCUGGUCAAGGGGGAUCUCUCAUCACUUCGCUGGAUCGAGAGUCCUCGUUCCAGUCCCAUCCAGUCGCAAUUGGAGCCCUGCACCGUUUACUAUGCUCCGCUCAAUUUCCGGGAUGUGAUGUUGGCCUCCGGUAAACUGGGAGUGGAUGCUCUGCCUGGGGAUCUGGCCUACCAGGACUGUGUCCUUGGUCUGGAAUUCGCUGGCAGGGAUUCGUGCGGCCGUCGUGUAAUGGCAAUGGUUACUGCCAAAUCUUUGGCCACCAACUGCUUGGCCAACAGGAAUCUCCUCUGGGAAGUCCCAUCUAAGUGGACCAUGGAGCAGGCUUCGACCGUUCCCUGUGUUUAUGCCACCGUUUAUUACGCUUUGGUGGUCAGGGGCCAAAUGAAGGAGGGUGAAAGGAUCCUCAUCCACGCCGGCUCUGGAGGAGUUGGUCAGGCGGCCAUUUCGGUGGCUUUGGCUCACGGACUGACUGUCUUCACCACUGUGGGCAGCAAGGAGAAGCGGGAGUUCCUGCUGAAGCGAUUCCCCAAGCUGAAAGCUAAGAAUAUUGGCAAUUCGCGAGACACCUCUUUCGAGCAAUUGAUCAUGAGCGAAACCCACGGAAAUGGAGUGGAACUUGUGCUGAACUCUCUCUCCGAGGAGAAGCUGCAAGCCUCCAUUCGCUGUCUGGCUUUGAAUGGCCGCUUCCUGGAGAUCGGCAAGUUUGACUUGAGCAACAACACUCCGCUAGGGAUGUCGGUGUUCCUCAAGAACACCUCCUUCCACGGAAUCCUUCUGGACAGCGUGAUGGAGGGGGAGGAGGAGAUGCAGCUAAUGGUUGCCAAGUUGGUGGCGGAGGGUAUCAAGAGUGGAGCAGUGCAGCCGCUGCCUACCACAGUCUUUGCAGAGCAGGAGAUCGAGAAGGCGUUCCGUUUCAUGGCGUCCGGCAAACAUAUUGGCAAGGUGGUGAUCAAGGUACGUUUGGAGGAGGAACAGCAGGCGGCUCUCCCGCGACUUAGGCAAAUUCAGGCCAUACCGCGCUCCUACAUGCACCCAGAGAAGAGCUACAUCUUGGUGGGGGGACUUGGGGGAUUCGGUCUGGAGCUGGCCAACUGGCUAGUUUCCAGAGGAGCCCGCUUUCUGGUUCUGAGCUCUCGCUCUGGGGUGAAGAGCGGGUACCAGGCCCUGAUGAUUCGUCGCUGGCACGACCGUGGAGUUCAGGUUCAGAUCGAUACCAACGAUGUGACCACCGCUGUUGGCUGCCAGAGACUCCUAGAGGUUAGUAAUAAGCUGGCCCUGGUUGGAGGUAUCUUUAACCUCGCGGCUGUACUACGGGAUGGACUGAUCGAAGAUCAAAGCCCGAAGAACUUUGAAAAGGUAAGUGCACCGAAGCUACUGGCCACCAUACACUUGGACAAGAUCUCCCGGGAAAUUUGUCCUGCACUGGAGUACUUCGUGUGCUUCUCCAGCUUGUCCUGCGGCAGGGGAAACAUGGGACAGACCAACUAUGGACUGGCGAACUCCACGAUGGAAAGGAUAUGCGAGCAGCGGCAGGAAUAUGGUUAUCCGGGCACAGCGAUUCAAUGGGGAGCAAUUGGGGACACCGGACUGAUCAUCGAGCACAUGGGCAACAACGAAACAGUUGUGGGCGGCACUCUGCCGCAGCGGAUGAUCAGCUGUCUGGAGACUCUGGACCUAUUUCUGCAGCAGCCCCAUCCCGUCAUGGCCUCCAUGGUGGUGGCGGAAAAACGCAAGACGGAGCAGGCCAACCGGCUGAGCUUGAUAGCCACGAUCGCGAAUAUCAUGGGACUGAGGGAUGUAAAGAGUGUCUCCGAUAAGACCACCCUCUUCGAUCUUGGCAUGGACUCGCUGAUGAGCACAGAGAUCAAGCAGACGUUGGAGCGUCACUUUGACCUGGUGCUGAGCGCCCAGGAGAUCCGCCAGCUAACCUUUAGCGCCCUGCGCCAGAUAGACGCCCAGGAACCGCCCUCCGCUUCAGUCUCAUCGCCCUCAGCCUCUUCCACCCUAUCAAGGAUCAAGGAGGAGGCCUGCGUGGAGGUCCAGCCCCAGAGCGAUGAGACGCGCAAGGUAUUCGCCAAGGAAGUAUUACCCCAGGAGGUGAUGGUGCGCCUUCGGUCAAAGGCGCCCGUGGCCAGCGAGGAUCCGGCUGUGUUCUUCUUGGCUCCCAUCGAGGGAUUCACAAUAGCCGUGGAGGCGCUGGCCGCCUCGCUCACCUGCCCCGCCUACGGGCUGCAGUGCACGGAGCAAGUGCCCCUGGACUCCAUCGAGGCCUGUGCCGCCUACUAUCUGCGCCAGAUCCAGAAGCUCCAGCCCCUCGGACCGUACCACAUCGUAGGCUACUCCUACGGCUGCCUGCUCGCCCACGCCAUUGCUGUGGCGCUGGAGCAGCGCCGCUUCGGGGUCAAGGUCAUCAUGCUGGACGGAGCGCCCACCAUGGCCAGCGGCUAUGUCCAGGAGGCCAAGAAGCAGACGGACGACCUCAACCGGCAGCAGUCCAUGACGUUGGCCUACUUUGGAGCUCUGCUCGCCGACGUGGAUUACAACCAGGUGCUACUGCAACUCCUCGAUGGAGUCCAGACAUGGCCCUCCAAGCUCGACAAACUAGCAGACACUCUGGCUGGUUACACGCAGCAAACCAGAGAAGUGAUCAAGAAGGCCGCCUGCAUGUUCAAACAGAAGCUGCUACUUUCUGAGAGCUACAAGGGCGCCAAGCAGCUCCACAGCGAUGUGGUCUUGAUCAAGUCGGCCGAGCACAAUGCGAUUAUGGCCCAGGACUAUGGCCUCAAGGAGAUUUGCAGUGCCCAGAUCGACAUGCAUGUGGUGGAGGGUACACACAGGACCUUCCUCAAGGAGCCGCACACUCUACAGAUCAUCGAGCGCGUCCUGCGGAAGCGUCCCUAGUGGAAGGGAAGUAGUUCGUACGAUUAUGCUGAUGAAUUAUCCUGUAGAACUUAAUGUACAUAUACCCUAAUCCUAUCAAUACACGUAGCAAUCGCGCAUUGAUUGUUUAAGAAUAAUGAACGCAUUCAGUACGGUCGAACUUCACUAAUCAGAACAUUGUCUAAUACAAGAUAAUUUUCCAAAUGUAUACUAUCGCGAGGCAUUUCUCACAAAGUAAUUGGCUUAUAAACGAUCGGAGAAGUUCGCUCGUGUUUCCAGUUUUACUCGCGUGGUACUCGCAUGAUUUCCACGAUGAAUCACUACGAUCCGAACAUUCUGACCCGUGCUGGCUGGCUUUAUUGACCCGACUUCGGCGUACCUUUCCAUAAUUGAUAAUGCCGCCCACUCUAUCGCGCUAGUGAUCUCGCCAGACGAUUAAUAAUCGACGAAAAAGUGGUCCGACUAUGGCGGGCAAAUCAAAAUUUCUACAUCUCCGUCACGCACACAACAGCUGACCACUUAUCGCUGUUAAUGCGAAUUUAAGCGCCGCACAGAGUCCAGCAACAAUAACAGAAGUUUACACCAAUAACAGUGGCUUUGGAAAUCCGAAUUAAAAACACCCUGCUGCUGAAAAAAUUUUACGCAGUCUGCUUAAACUAGGACCUUUUUGAAAUAAU